UUUCAUAGAUCACUGGACAGCUUCAUUGUCUGCUGUUACGCUAAGAAAGCUGCAAAGGACUUGAUAUGUGAUUCUCCCAAAAACGAGUUCUCCAGUUGCGAGGAUAUGAUGAAGAACCCAAUCAUUAGAGUCUGCCUUUGGAUUCUUGGCAUUGUAGCGUUAGUCGGCAAUCUGUCAGUGAUUUUCUGGCGGCUCGUUUAUGGCGAAGAUAGCAAAGUUCAGUCCUUUCUUUUAAAAAAUUUGGCAGUCGCCGACUUCAUUAUGGGUGUGUAUCUCAUUAUCAUAGCUGUACAGGACACUCGCUGGCAAGGAGAGUACUUCGAGCAUGACGUGCGGUGGAGAGGUGGCACAUUAUGUCAAGUGACGGGUGCCUUGUCCAUGCUCUCUAGUGAGGUAAUGUUUGUAAAUCCGCAGCUUUUGACCUCAGGCCUUAUACUCACAAAUCAUUCAUUUCUCUUAUUUGAAAAGAAGAUGGCAUGAGUUGAAAUAACGGUUUACAAUCUGAAAUAGGGUAACGCCGAGUGAAAGCACUACACUAGGAUCUGGUAUAGGAUAGUAGGAUGAGGUAUGACUGGUUGUGUCAUAAUUUACCUUUUAAAAAGGGAACAAUUUAAAUCUUAAUUCUUAGCUCACGAAAAACAAGACGAGGGUUUCCGGACAAAACAUCACUUGAGUUCCUAAGAAUAUAAGGGAAAACAAAACGUAAGGAUGACUCGUGCGUAAAUACUUCCCCAAGGAUGCUAUACUUUCCAUUGAAGCACUUCGAAUCCCUUCCUCUGCGUUUUAGAUACAUAUUUCGAGAGUUAUUGCAAGGUUACAUUCGUCGAUAAGGACACCACUGGAUCUCUGGGAAUAUCUUUGAUAAAGAGGGGCCAUACUGAACGGCCUUGAGAUAUCAUGGUCCAAUUCUCAGUCUCGUUAGUCUUUGGGUAAAGACGAAAGAAGCUAAAAAGAGCGAAAAGAGGAGAAAAUGACAAUUUUUCCUGCCCUUUUAGCUUUACUGUUUCAAGUGUUCGCAGAGUUAGUCAAAUCACUACAAUUUCUUGCGCUCUUUUCCUCCUCAGGUUUCGGUUAUGCUUCUUACCGUCAUUACCGCCGACAGACUUAUCUGCAUCGUCUUCCAUUUUCGAGUACAGCCUUUGAACCUAAAGACUUGUUAUUUGAUUUGCUUAUUGGUCUGGUUACUUGGCUUCGUCGUAUCAUUUUUACCAAUGUCGGGUCUGGGUUAUUUCAAUCCUGAGGGGAACGGGAAUGGCUUCUACGGAAGAUCAACAGUGUGCCUGGCUCUUCAGUUGUCCAAUGACAGGCCGCCUGGCUGGGAGUAUUCUGUCAGCAUAUUCAUCGGCUUCAAUUUAGCAGCAUUUUUGUUCAUUUCGUUGUCUUAUGUGGCCAUUUUUUUGUCUGCUGUGAAAUCAUCGAGCGCGAUAAGAUCAACGAAUGUCAAACGGGAAUCAACCCUCGCCAAACGAGUCGCCUUUAUCAUUUUGACAGACUUCUGUUGCUGGAUGCCUGUGAUAAUUGUUGGUAUCUUAUCCUUGACCGGAAGUUUCAAUGAUCCCGAGAAGCAGGUAUAUGUGUGGAUGGCGGUAUUUGUACUUCCGUUUAAUUCCUCUGUGAAUCCUAUACUGUAUACACUUGCCACUCCUCAGAUGCGGGAUUGGUUCUGUAAAGAUUCUAAAAGUAAAGGUAAGAGCCUUAUACUUGUUUUA